CGCGAUCGGACCAGCCGGCCACGUGACACGCCACGCGCAUUGCACUUGCAGUUUGUAUGGACAGCCGCGCCGCUAGUCACGCCUUGAGGUGCCGGCUUCAAUCGGCAUUUUGCGAGGAGCAUGCCAACGACGACGCUGCUAGAGACCGGCGGGCUUGGCGCCAGCCUCACGCGCUUUGGGCCCUCGCGGCCCUUUGACGCGACCGAGCUUCACGCGCUCUCGGUGACUUUCUCGCACCAAACCGGCGCGCGCACGCUCCAGUAUGUGCUGGGUGUCGCGGUCGGGCCCGACGGCCAAGUGCGCCGCCAUUACACAGCAAAAACGUACGCCGAGCUGCGCGAGUUCCGGCGCAAUCUGCUCCGCGUGCUCAAGACAAAUGGGCUCUGUACGUGCCGCGGCGACCACUGCACGUUUGGUAGCCUCGCGACGAGCCACUUGAUGAACCACCCGCUCUCGUCGUUUAGCCUCUUUGGCUUUCAAUUGGCCGGCACGCUCGUCUCGCGUCUCAGCAACGUCAGCGCCUUCUUAGACGACCUCAUGCGCGGUCUCCGCACGGUCGACGCCACCGCGUGGUCCAACGACUGCCUCUUCCUCCAAAUGAUCGCAUCCUUCUUCGACACGGCGCGCGAACAUGCCGGGCGCACCAAAAUGGGCCUCCGCGAGCAUCUGCACAUGAACCUCAAGGGUUGGCACCACGACCGCAUGAAGAACUACGGCAUUGGCAUUUCGUACGAUUGAUGAGCCCGAUCGAAGGGCACAGUGAAGUACGGGCAGUAAUUUAUGGCAUUGUGCCAGCACAGUAAAUGUAAUCACACGACGAUCAACUACAACGAGACGCUAAUGAUCGCUUGCGAGAAGUUGCCAAG